AUGACGACGGUUUGGGAGCCCGACCUCGACGAGCUGCUCGCCAUCGUCGCCGAGACGGAGGGAUGUGCGAGCGAAGAGGAGGAGGACGCGUCGAACAAGGGGACGAAGCGGAAGAGAGCCCCUCCCACGAAGGGGCCAUGCGAGCACGGGGUGAAGCCCCGGUCGCAGUGCAAGGUGUGCAGCGCUUGUCCGCACGGGAAGCGGCGCAGACAUUGCAAGGAGUGCGGUGGGUCUCAAAUCUGCGAGCACGGUCGUGUACGCUCUCAGUGCAAGGAGUGCGGUGGUGCAUCAAUCUGCGAGCACGGUCGUCAGCGCCAUAGGUGCAAGGAGUGCGGCGGUGCUGGAAUCUGCGAGCACGGUCGUCAGCGCUCUGUAUGCAAGGAGUGCGGUGGGUCCUCAAUCUGCGAGCACGGUCGUAUACGCUCUACGUGCAAGGAGUGCGGUGGGUCUCAAAUCUGCGAGCACGGUCGUCAGCGCCAUAGGUGCAAGGAGUGCGGUGGUGGUGGAAUCUGCGAGCACGGUCGUCAGCGCUCUGUAUGCAAGGAGUGCGGUGGGUCUCAAAUCUGCGAGCACGGUCGUGUGCGCUCUACGUGCAAGGAGUGCGGUGGGGCUGGAAUCUGCGAGCACGGUCGUCAGCGCCAUAGGUGCAAGGAGUGCGGCGGGGCCUCAAUCUGCGAGCACGGUCGUCAGCGUCGUUACUGCAAGGAGUGCGGUGGGUCUGGAAUCUGCGUGCACGGUCGUCAGCGCCAUAGCUGCAAGGAGUGCGGUGGUGGUGGAAUCUGCGAGCACGAUCGUCAGCGCCAUAGGUGCAAGGAGUGCGGUGGGUCUCAAAUCUGCGAGCACGGUCGUGUGCGCUCUACGUGCAAGGAGUGCGGUGGGGGCUCAAUCUGCGAGCACGGUCGUCGGCGCUCUGGGUGCAAGGAGUGCGGUGGUGGUGGAAUCUGCGAGCACGGUCGUCAACGCUCUCGGUGCAAGGAGUGCGGUGGGGGCUCAAUCUGCGAGCACGGUCGUCGGCGCUGUGAGUGCAAGGAGUGCGGCGGGUCUCAAAUCUGCGAGCACGGUCGUCGGCGCUCUCAGUGCAAGGAGUGCGGUGGUGCAUCAAUCUGCGAGCACGGUCGUCACCGCCAUCAAUGCAAGGAGUGUCGCGCGGCGAAGGCCAAACAGAGUCGGUAG